AUGUUAAAAGUAACUUUUUUACAGUCAUUAUUUGAUGAAAUCCAAAGACAACCAGCUAAAAGCACAUUUGAAUUUAAAGAAAAUGAUACUAUAAAAAAUCUUUUAAAAAAGGCCCAAGAAAUUCAUGGAUCUGAUGAUUUUAAAUCUUUUUUUGAAUGUGCAGCAAAAGAGAUUUUAUAUAAAAUAGCAGAGGAUCCUGCAUUGUCUCAUGAAGAGAAACUUUUAAAAUUUUAUCCUAUUCUUGAUGCAUCUAUCAUUGGACAACAAAAUGAGAUUUUGGACGAUAUGUUACCAUUUGUUCUUAUUGAGGAUUUAAUGGAUUUACAGACUGUUUCAGAGUGCAACAAGCUUUUUGAUUUUUUGAAUUCACGUAUUUCAUUUUUGAUUGAGAAUGGAAUUAAUGGAACAAGAGGGAAAGGCCUUGUAUUAUUGCGGCUCUGUAAUGAACUUUUGAGACGAUUAUCAAAAACAAAAGAUUCAUUAUUUUGUGGAAACGUAUUAAUGUUUUUGUCAAAUGUCUUUCCUCUUAGAGAACGUAGUGGUCUUAAUCUUAGAGGUGAUUUUCAUGUAGAAAAUGUUACUGUUUUAGAUGAUUUGAGUAAUCUUCUUAAUGAAGAUUUAAAGAAAAUGGAUGAAGUAUUAAAAGAUGACAGAAUACUAGAAAAUAAAGAGAAGAAAAAUGAGAAUCAUGAUCAUGAGAAAAAAGAAAAAGCUUUUAUGGAAUCAUUUUAUACAAUAUUUUGGUCUAUACAAAAUUUUUUUUCUGAUCCAUCAUUAUUAUAUACUUCUAAAGGAUUUCAGGAAUUUAAAUCAAAUACAUCAAUCAUUUUGGACAAAAUAAAAUCAUUAGAGGAUGAACAAUUUAAAGUCAAUGAAAUAAAAACCGAAAAUCGAAAAGGUGAUCGAAAAAAAAAAAUAGAUUCCUUCAAAUAUCAACCAGUUCAAGACUAUCUUCAAGCAUAUUUUUCUCCUAAAUUUUUAACUAGUUAUAAACUUUUGAAAUUAGAGCUUGCAGAUCCAAAAUUUAGAAGACAAAUUCUUGUACAAUAUUUAAUUCUUCUGGAUUAUUUACUUACUCUUACGGAAACAGAAAAGAAUAGACUUGAAAAAAUUAAGGCUGUUAAUCGUUUAUUACAGCCUACAUAUCUACUUUCUCAAGAAGAUGAAUCAUGGGUUGUUGAAACUCUUUCUAAGAUUAAUAAUAUAUUAGAAUCAACUGUUCCUGAUGGGCAAUAUUUUUCUCAAUGUGUUCAUUUAAUUUUAUCCUACGAAAAAAAUUGGGUUAACUGGAAGCUUCAGGGGUGUAAUUCAUUUGAGGAACCUCCUAUUGAUGAAAGUUAUAUUGAUAAUAUUAAAAAAAAAUGUGAAAAAAUAUUAGAACCUCUUAAAGCUUAUAGAUACCCCCUUGGAAAUUUAGCAUUAACUCGGCUUUGGGAAAAAGGAGGAGCACAUACAAUGGAGGAUAUGGCAAAACCAGAACGCUUUAAACUUCCAGAUAUUAAGAGUUUUUUAGAAACAGAUAAUCAAGAUUCUAUGGACAAAAAUGAAAUUGCAAGUGAAAAUUUAUCUCUUAUUUCUGAAAAAAAUACUGUCAAGUCAUGGAAAAUGUUAAGAAUUCUUUCACGUUCAAAAUUACAUCUUUUUAAUAAAUUAAACGAUCAAACUUUAGAAUCUAUAACACAAAUUGAAGAAUUUAUAAAUUCAGAUUUUAACAAAGGCUUUCUUGCAUCUGAUAGCUCUCCUCAAAAAGUUCAAGAGAGUCCUCAAAAAUUAUAUGUUAACGUAAAUAAUAAACGUGCCAUUGAAGAUAUAAAAAAUACUAUGCCUUCUGAAAAAAGAACAAAAAUGGAUCUGUAA